CUAAUGAAGAACCAAAUAUUGAAGAACCUGUGGAGGAGAAUGUACGUUUGGUUGAGUCAUCUGCAGAAAUGCCACUUAUAGACGAGGAUGAAACGACCGUAGAUCCAACCGAUGGUCCUACAGACAGCGAAGCAACAUAUACAGACACACCUGCGAUUGAAACAACCACAGCAGAAUCAUCCAUAGAAGAAGCACCCGCGAGAAACUCUGAAGUUUUAGAAACUUCUAAUGUAACGCCCAUUGAAACAGCCGAAGUUCCCAUACCAGAUGAAUCUACGAUAGACGAAACUGCCAUGGACACACCAAAGAAACCUGAAGAAGAAUUGGUCGUAGCGCCAAUAGUCGACGAGGUGACCGAUGUCGACAAUCGUGCAGUACCGAUCGAGUUCUCGAGAGAUUUUAACGGGAAGAAAAUGUACGUGAGCGUGCAGAUGCAAACGUCGAACACGAUUCUGACGCAGAUCUUGUCCGAGUUUCAAGUAGGCAACAAAAAGCGGCAGGUACUGAUGAGUAUUAAAUUGCACUCGAACCUGGAUGGAAAUGGCGAGGAUGAAGAACAAUCGUCAGAUUCGAACGGUAGCGAAGUGGCGGCCACUGAAGGACAGUCUCCGAGAUAUGACAACUACGAUCAUCAGAGACGAAUAAGACGAGUUACCGUUAGUCCAUCCGUGUACCGUCGAACGUUGACAUCGAGGAAUACAUACGAUUCAUCGAUGUACGCGUCGGUCAACCACGCGACUUAUGAGAGGACCGAAACAAAUUAUUCGCCAGAGAAUGAAAACAACACGACCAACGGGACGAAUCAUGUGUGCGGACCUUGCGGAAAGAAGAGGCGAUGAUUCAAUCAGUGCUACCGGAAACUCGACUAGACCACCUCGACUCGACCAAAAACCGUGUACAAGAUGCGCCGCCACCGAGGGUACGAUUUUCUCGCGUUGUACCUCGCUAUAAUUUUUUCUCCAAGGAAACUCGUUUCUUCUCCCUUCUUUUUUCCUCUCUUCUCCUUUUUCCCGUUAUUUUCUAAGAGAAAAAACUAUCGCACGGUCAGGUCGAUGAGAAAAACGGUGAAUCCAAGCGGUUACUGCGUAUCCGGAAAUAUGAGGGAAGAGGUAAAAAUGUCACGAAGCUCAUAAAACGAUGGCUUUCAAGGAAACUCGAGAACUCUUCAGCGUCCCUCGGCUAAAAUCUCGACAGCGCGCUGUUCAGGAAUAUUUCGUGGCCGGCGUAACAUCCCCGUACGAGCGAGCUUAAGAGAAGAUCCUGGUACCUUAAGUGGCUUUAAUGGUCAGUGUCCAUUGAGACGAAAAUUUCGAGCAACUUUGCCCCGAAGUUUGCCAGAAGCCAGCGUACAAGACACGCGGCCUCUGCCACCGCCUGAGUGCCAAGUAUCACUUAGGACACGUGAGUAAUCCUGAGAAGAACACGUAUACCUCGAUGCAACGUCGUCAUCAGUACCGAAUACUCUCUGGCUGGCAAGUUACGGAACCGCAGAGAGACGAUGUGAUUUGCAAAGUUGAGACGAGGACGCGAGUUUGAAAACCGAGAACGGUUGUAAGGACUAUGGUGAAAGAUUUUGAAGCUUAAACGAAAAAAGAUGAUCAGCAAAUUUUUUUAUCGAUGAUUGAAAUCAUGUGGAUGCCAAAUUCAAUGAUAUUAUUAUUAUAUAUCCUUAAUUGGUAAUAAAUAAAAAUUGAAGGAAAAUGUAAGUAAAUAUAUUUUAACUUAAUUAAUUUAUUUAGAAUCACGCGUUUCAAUUUAAUAUUUGGCGUUCUAUAUCGUAUGUCCGUCAAAUAAAAUGAAUUCAUACUGAAUAUUAAUUUAUACGGUAAAAUGCAGAUUGACCAUUUUCGUUGCAACUAGAUUGUAGGAAUUAUAUUAAUUAUUUAAUUUUUAUACAUGGCUGUCUUCUUCAAAGUCACUUUUCUUCGUUAUGUGUAAAUUUAAUUUCGUUUAUAAUUUCCUAAUGUUACUCGUAAUUUAAACGCAAUAUUCGGACAUGCUUUUAGAAAUCGGACGAAGCACUCAAUUUCAUAGAAUUGAAUUAGGUAACGAAAUAAACCAUCAGCGAGAAGGGUAAAUGUGUCUGGUUACUCCAGGAUUUAUCAAGCAAUAAUGUUGUUAUAAAGGCGCUCGAAACGAAAUUUCCAACCCUCAAUAAACGGGAUAAACUCGCCGAUAAUUCGUUACAAUAAAGUUGAAACUUCGCCAGUGUUUAAAUAUUACACAAUACAUUGGAUAUUUGAUUUGAAAGCAACGGCAACGGAACAAUCUCUUGAUUCAAUAUUUAAUAUCAUAACGAAACCGAACUAAUUUUCCCGUGUAAUUAGUAUUGAUCUGAAGUGACUGCACCGAGCGUUGCUCGGAAAGGUUUCAAUAUUUUUCGUAUAAUCUAACCUAAAUCGACAAAGUUUGUGCCAUUCGAGAAUAAUUUCGCUAUUAAUCAUGAAAAUCUUUAAUUGUUUAAACAAUACGCCUUAUCGACCACGUAGAGUCCUCUGCGUUUCGAAGCUAUCCUCGUUGGAGUUCCUGCGAUCACAGAACCCCAAUCUGAACGAAGACCAAAUAUUGUCAAUGUUGAAAGAACGUGGAAAAGAUCCGAACGAAAUUUUCACCGAGCAUCAACAACAGAUUACUUGCGAACAAAAUCUAGCAGCGAUUUUAAAAAAGCUCAACAUCAAUUUUUCUAUUACGAAAAGGAUAGCAGACGCAUGGAAAUUUAUGAAUUGGGCGGAUUUGGUGAUCCCGAUAGGUGGAGAUGGCACGUUUUUGCUAUCCUCCAAAUUAAUUACAGACAACGUGAAACCUGUGUUGGGCAUCAAUCCGAGCAUCCGAUCGAACGACAAUAACAUUUUUACGCUUCCUCCGAAAUACGCGACGAACAUCGAAAGCAUAUUUGAGCGACUUCAUACAGGAAAAUACACGCUAUUGAUGCGAAGUCGCAUUCGAACAGUGAUGAAUGGAGAAGGACUUUACAGACGACCUUUUCAUAUACACGAGAAGAGCCGUACACAAGGAGAGAAAAGAGCCGAAGCUCUUGCGCGAACGACACAAAGGAAAAUAGCGGACUCACUUCAACCACGGCAGAGGACUUUGCCUUGGCUGGCAUUGAACGAAGUAUUUAUAGGAGAAUUUUUGGCAGUCAGACCAAUAACAUUACAAAUCAGAGUUGAAGAUCAAGAGCCGCAUCAAAUUCGAAGUUCAGGUAUGUGCGUUUGUACAGGUACUGGCUCCCAAUUCUGGUACAAAUCUAUUAACAUUCAAUCGGCCGAAACCGUUCGAUGUAUCGUCGAAAUAGCCACCGGCAUUAAAUUAAGCAACGAGGAAACCAACGAAUUACUCCACAAAUAUCAUCAAGCUCUCAUCUAUUCUCCAGAGGAUUUGAACAUGGUAUACAUGAUCCGCGAAAUGUAUCAUACUACACGGUGCAAGAACCAGAAAUGUUGCCCGGACAGACAAAAGUGCAACAAGCUUACUGUGAAAUCCUGUGGCUUUGACGCUGGCUUGGUGAUAGACGGUAGCAUUUCUUUGCCCUUCAACGACGGUACUAUCGCAACUUUCGAUAUCAAACCUGAAUAUUCGUUGAAAAGCAUCAUGCUCACUUGAUGUACAGUUAUCAUGUAGCUGCACUAAAACAAGUUUCUCCAGGAAGCGAGCUUAUGUGGUAGAUCUUUUCACAGGAAUAUAAGUGUCCGAUCGACAAAUUAAAAGUAAACUUCUUCUCGCAUUUCUCUUUUCUACUUCCCGUUUCGUAUUUUUAUUUUCUACUGUUUAACCUUAUUCCAUUUAUGAAAAUUUAUUUUAUGCGGAAUAUAAAAUUGCAUAUAAAUAUUAUCUAAUAAAUAACGAUUUUUCUUUCAUAUGGACAAACGAAGCAAGCGAGCUUUUCCUUUUACGAUCUUCCGGUUUCGGCUUUAAUGCAGUCCGAUUUCUUAUUUAUCUCUAAUGACGGAGGCGUAGGGCAAAGUAGCAAGUAAUUGCGCGCAUUUGUUCCGAAAAUGAAGGUAGUCUGAGACCAAAAGAUAGGAAGAGCCGGUUAUUUCACCGGCAAAGGGCAGCCUGGUCUUUUUCUACAACAAGAGGGAGAGUGAAAUACCUUUCCAGCUCCGUUUUCCGUUUCCUUGCAAGGAGGCGAACCACGUCCAGACUUCCAUUAACCCCGUAAUUUCGGUUUUGGCUGAACCGCAGACACCCCGACCUUCGAGAUCAGGUGUUCAUACUUGCUGUUUGUGUACGAAUAAACAUUCAAAGAUACUCACACAGUCCGCAAGGUAUACAGGAUGGUUUACUUGCUGCUCUGGUCAAAUACGCGAAUCCUGGUUUAGAUUUCUUAACCAGAAAUAAUAGCACUUUAUUAUAUAGUUAACUCUACUUCGUGUCUCCUAUCUCAUGUCUUUUAAGAUAAGAUCUUUCACAGAAAUGUAUUCUUACAUGAAAGUACGCCUGGAACUGUGAUAAUUAAAAAUGAAAUUAUACAAGAGUAAAAAAAGAAAAAAGAAAAAGAAAAAGCUUAAAAUUCUAAGGGAAAGACUGAAGUUAUAAAAUGAAAACGACGAGAUAAGAAAUGGUAUAAUAGAAAUAAAAAGAUACGUGGCACCGCUCCAAACUCUAAAAUAGUACACUUCACAGGCAAUUUCGAGAACAAGGAAGAAGACGAUGUCAUAAAACGGUAGUAAUAAACCUGGAAGUAUAUCAAACAAAUGAAAGAAAUGAAAAGAUAUGAAAAUAAAAUGUAAGUACACUUUGUCAAAGGUUAAUUGCAGCAGAUUUCGUAAUUAUUUAAAUGAGAAAUUCUUUGCUGCGCGCUGUUGGCGUUCCAUUUAAUUCUGUUUAUUUCAAACUGGCGGAAGAUUGUUUUAAUUUACCAAAUGUAUUAAAUGAAUUGUAAUUAGGAAGCUUGAAAACGAAAUUUGUCAGUUAACAACACACCCUAUAUGCAGAUUACUGUAUACAUACUCGUUCGGCUAUGUGCACUGUUUUCGUACUCCUCGAGCGCAAAUUGCGGAUACUUGAGACACAGGAUACCUAAGUAAAGUAGCCACUACCGACAUUUUCGGGACAAGCACGUAAAGCAGCCGUUGUAAAAAAGUUGAAAGGCUGUAAAGGUCGGGCUUUACGCGUACCAACCGAAUGUGUCGGAAACUUUAGUGUUAUUUAAAACGAUGCCCGAAAAUUCUCAUCCUUGAACUUGCGUCAAUAAUCACUUCGCAAUUUGAAGAAUAUUUUUCGCCCUUUGAAUAUAACUGAGCCAAAAGUUCAUUGCACCAAUUCAUCGUCAAAAAUAUUUAUAUACUCUAUAAAAAGGAAUGUUUUAUAGUCUACUUCUAUUAAACUAAAAUGUCACAAAAAUUCAGUCCAAAGGUGGUUUGUUUUAUGCCAAGACGUCUAAAAGCUAUUUUAUUAUUGCUUUAUAUCUAUGUUAGAAAGUAAAUAUGUUAUCGUGUUACGUAUGCUUUAUUUAAAUAGAAAUAGCCUUUCUGGUGUACGAGGACUUUUAUAGGUGACUGUAUAUCUGAAUUUCUUUAUUCUACUUAAAAGAACAAGAAAACAUCAGAAUAGUAAUUUGAAUAGAGUUGUUUGGAAAAAUUCUUCGUAGAAGACAAAAACAGUUCAUGCGAUUUCGGAUAAUUUUGUUUUCAUAGAAUAGUCGAUCGAAUAAUGGAUUUAGAAAGUGUUCAACCUUACGAAGACUAAUUAGGGUAAAUUCAACAAAAUUCAGGAGUAGAAUCAUUAACUUAUUAAAAUAGGUUCUCAAUCGGAUGUCUGAGAAACCAAGAACCAGUCUCAUUAAUCCCUACGAAAGACCCAAUCCGUGAAGAACAAUGGAGAUCCGCCCCAGACGGACUCAUCGAAGACAAACAAACGCACGGCCGACCAAGAACAACGGACGACAUCGACCAAGCCUUUGUACUUCGUAAUUGAACGCCGCUGUCUUCUGCUCGCACAAGUUUUAGACGCUUCCAACCCAACAAAGGUUCGGCUAAAAGGAAACAGAACUGGGAAUUUUGGAACAGCGAAAUUUGAUACUUUUACGGAAACUUCAAGUAUAUCGAUCGUCCCCUUUCUCAGAAUUUGUUCAAUUUCUGUAUUGACCCUUAGUUUGGUCGAUAAUAGUGAUCGAUGAUUAUUUUUUAUUAUUAAUUAUUCAUCAAAUAAUAUCAUAAUAUCAAAUUAAAUUUAUUUUGAAAUUAACGAUUACACGAUCUGAUUAAGAGAAGAUACACUGUAUUAUUGUAGACCUAUUUGUUCCAAUAUUGAACACAAAAUUGAAAAACAACCAAGUUAGUAGGUAAAAUAUUUUAUAAAAAGCAAUGAACGUGAAAUCGACGUGAAAAAGAUGAAAGGUAAAAAACGUAAACGAAAUUUUUAACACGAGUUAAAGCAGCUUGGGGAUUAGACGAGAUACCAAGAAACUGAAAACACAAUUUUCCUAUGGUUUCAAUACAUAUUGAAUUGAAACACUGACUAAUACAAUAUCGGAAGUUUGUUGAAGAGAGGAUGAAAAUGGUUUUAAAGUGUACUCGUUGAUCGUCCUUUCUACGUUCCUGUAUCGCAUUAACGAAACAGUAUCGUGUCUCGAGCAUUUCCAGAACUUUCUGCAAACUCUAAUAACUGAAACGGAAUUUAAUAAAGCACAGUACGAACGGCGUAAUUGACAUUUCGCAUUCUAUUUGCGUACGUUGCCCAACAUUCGACCUGAAUGCACUGUACCCUUGGUUACUACUAAAUUCUAUAAUUCUUCGUUUCUCUUCUCUUACUUUCCGUCUUAUUCUUCUCGUGGACCCAUCUUUUCUACUUCUCCUCUGUUCUCUUUCCUUCUCUGUUACUAUCCUAUUUUUAGCGUGACGCGAUAAAUUAACCUACUUAGCGCAAUACAAAUAUUAAAGCAAUACGUAGAUUGACAGAUAAAUUUUACUUUCAUUAGCAAAAUAACAAUGCCUACGGUAUUUGCUCGAGUUUAUAACGUGCAACGUAAGAGCUACAAAAUAUAAAAACCGAUACAAUAUAAAAUUUUCUGAGAUGCCACUCGACUGGAUCUUUAUAUCCAAUGUAAUAUAUUUCGUUUAAUUUCAAUCGAACUAUUUCUAUUUCUUUAUGUUUCAUCAGACCCUUGAACUCAACUGAAUAUUCAAUUCCAAUCGAAUUCAUGAAUCGCCUAUUGAAUUUGAAAAUCCGAUGGAAACCUUACACCCAAUCGAAAUCUUGAAUCUAACAUCAAGUCUUUGACCCCGCUCACAAUGAGAAUCUGGAACAUUGGAAACUCUAGAACCCUCAAGACUGUCUUUAAAAUUUCCAAGCUUUAAAUCUUCCCGGAGCGCAAAUACAUUCGAAUACUAUCUUUAACGUCUAGUUCCACGUUGUUUUUGGCAAAGAGAAAAGCUCGAGUGCUUCACCAUCGAGAACGUUCUCUUCGAAAUAAUUAAAGAUCAGGAUACCAUCAGGAUGAUUCAUGUAUCCUAUUUCGAGAACACUCAUCUAUAUAGAUUCAGUCGAUUCACUCGCGGUUUGAUUUCAAUUUCUAUUCUCGGUUAACUGUCCACCGAUACGAAACUAGUUAAUGGACGUUCGAAAUCACAUAAAUUCUUCAAUGAUAACCACGACGGUGGUCGGUUUCUCUUAUCCGGAGAUUUACUUCCUUGCCCUGGCCGGACCGGUAAUAGUGGUUCGCGAAAUUUAUUUGCGGAUUCGUGGUGAAACGUUAAUUCGAAAAGGUCGGAAGGGAGCUGGAGGAUCAUUGAACGAGAGGCGGGUGAAAUAAAACGAGCGCACCGAAACGAAACGGCCAAGGGAAAUGAGAAUGACGAAGGAGGAUAGAGAAACGAAAGAAGGAAGAGCGUAUACUGGCAGAAACAAAGAAUCGCGACGAGAGAAGGAAGAGGGGGAAGGGUGAAAACGAAAAGGACCGACGGGGAUUUCGCUAAUGUCAUUUUUUCAGGCCAAUGGAAAUUCUUUCCUCUUUAGCGUUUUAAUCCACCUGCGUGCCUGUGUAAUUUGAUUCAUUCUUGUUCCGCUUCUUUCUGUGAAGGCUGUUUCGGCUUUGCAGGGAAAUUUGAUGGCUACGGUAACCGCGUGAGAGUGAGGGAGAACGGUAAAACGAAAUUGGACUCGUCGAUGUUAUCAAGAAACAAAAGCUAAAUGAAUCUCGAUACUUUAGCCGUGUUUAAUGUUCUUUUCGUAACGCGUGAUCCGAUAAAAGUAUUUAAUAGCAGUAUAAAAAUUGUAAGUACGUAUCGUUAAAGUUUUAUUUCGAUAUCGAGAAGAUUUUCGGUUCCUUGGGGUAAAGGAAAUUUUAUAAAUAUUUGAUAAUUUCAAUUUGAGAGCGCAAUGUUCAAGAUCGAUCACGUUCAUAUUGUAUCGAUGAUGGAUGAAUUUUUGAUUAUUUUAUAUUUCGAAAUUUUUUCUCAGAAUAGAUUAAAUAUUUAACGACUGUUAUGACAGCGUACAAAAAUUUAUUCGUUUCUAAAGUUUAUUACUAAUUUUCAGCUCUAUGUAUCUACGGUGAUACUUGAUAAAUAUACGCGAAAGAUGUUAUGGAGCCUUGUAGAUCUGACAAUUAUAGCCCAAAUCGUGGUACAAGGAAUCGUACAACGGCGGCGAAUUAACGCGAGUGUCUCGGAAGAUAGCUGUUACGAGGGUGGGCGAAAAGACGAACGAUGGAGGUAAACGAAAGAGAGCCGGGGCUCAUUUCCCUUUUGCCACGACCAAUGAGUUUUGAGGGCAAAUCGUCGGAGCGAACGAACCGCGGAACUACCGAAAAGGAUCAAGAAUAUUCACCUCUCGUUUUCCUCUUUAUGAUUUCCAUCUCGUUCCCUUCUUUUCCUCUAUUUCUUUCUUCGUCCAACGAUUCUCCUGCCGCCUUACGUGUUACGUUUCUUCCUCGGCAACGGCCUCCUCUCGUAUUAGUAUCAGCCCUCCGAUUUUCGAGCAGACGAACUUCUGAUUUUAUCGAGGCGGAGAGACGGUCGAUCGAGCGGAAGGAACCGGAGAUUGUCACGCAAAUGAAUUUGAAGUAUUGCCAUUUUACAUUUCCACCUGUCUCCGGCCCCGCGACAAUCCAACCGGCUCGUUCUUUCUGAUUUUCCAUUAUCUUACCUUUCGUUUGCAUCGGUCGUCGCUUGUUCGCCGAUCGACCCACGCCACCAUCUUCUCUCUAUAAAACGAUCACCGUUCACUCUAACAUUUCGUUGUACUCGUCGUCUCCGUCUUGUCUCUACACGUGUCUCUCUCACACCGUCACUUGUUUCUCGUUCCCUUUCUUUUUAUCAGAUGCCCUCUGUCUGCUCUCCACCAACGAGGACGUCCUCUUCUUAUCCAUUUCUCUUUCGCGCGCCUCUAUGCAGCCCGUUUCUAUCCCUCCACGAGCUCUCACGAUCGUUUCUCGUCGCUCGUUUUCCCCUUUACACAGGUACGCCUCCAGACCAUUUCCCCUCCCCAUCCGCCCAAACCUCUGGUUGCACCCUCGCGUCGCGUCGUGCUGCCGAGUGUCCGCGAUCGAUGCACCUGGCUGCAUUUGCAAGUUCAGCGACUGAACGGAAUCGGCCGAGACGACAAAUCGAACGGAAUCGGAAAUCACAAUAAGACCGACGAAAGCAACGCGAUUCUUUCCUAGCAGACGCUAGCGAGGGAUGGCGAUAGACCAUUUUGUUUCGCUGCCUUAUCGAAGUGACGGGGAAUUCGGUUUAUCAGUGCGACCAUUCCAACAGCAGGGGGCGAUCGCGUUAAACUGUGCCCUCUCUCUUUGCUUCUCAAAGAGUAUCAAUGACGUUGAAUUCAAAGCGAAAACGCGUCGAAUGCUUUUGUAUCUCGUGGAAUGGAUAAGAUUGUCAGUGUGAUAUCGUUUCUUUAAUUAGCGAUUGUAAUUACAGCUGUGAUCGAAGUACUAUCAGUUGUACUUUUCAACUGCUUUACUACAACAAGUAGUCUACCUUUUAUUCGGAUAUCUUGAAGAUGCGAGAGCUUGCCAAAUAUGCGCGACAAUCGUUUUGAUCAUUUAACUUUUAGAACCGACAUUUUUCUUUCAGAAUAAAGGAAUGCUAUUGAUUGGAAUUUUUCGUUCUAGCGAAAGAACAAGGACUAAUGACUAUCGUAAUUGAAUUAUUUAGAGAUAAAACAAUAAUACGAUAAUUAUAUAAUAAUAUAGCAACAAAUAAUAAUAGUCAGUGUCGAAACAUACAAACGGAUAGGAAUAUAAAUCACGACUGGAAAUCAUAUCGCGUUUUAGUAAACUGAAAAAUAACAUUAAACGUCAAAAUCUGUCCAAUUCUCGAAUUUCCAAAGCAAUUAUAACAAGGAAGGUUCUUCUUGACCAUCGAUCGUACUUCAUAAUAAAGGAAACAAGAAUGAGUAGAUCCAAGAGUUCUUCAGAAAUCAAUUUAUAAGCAGUUACCAUCCUCCGUGGAGGUCGCGUCGGCCUUGCCUCUGCCUUGAAAUAACUCGAUUCGUUCCAGACUUGCGUAUUAAAAGUUCUUCCAUUUCUACAGGGUACAAUAAUAUUAUCAGUCAGUCAGUUAAGUCACCUUGCUAUCCGCGUAGAAAAUUCCCAUUAAAAGAUUUCAAAGGAUAAGAACAUAAAAGAGAUCCUCCUACCUCGAAGAAUACAAUUGAAAGGAGGAUGAUCGUUAAAUUAUUGUAAAAGAUAUUUUUGUUCGGUCUUAGACGUCGCGAUCGCUGUACCUUUUGACCUGUUUAUCUAUGGGCAUUGUCUAAGGACGAGGUAUACAUUAUAUAUAGUAUACAUUGUAAAUCUGUUUGUUUGAACACCAUGUUCGUUUCUCACAUGUCGCUUUAAUCCAAUAAUCAGAUCUUAUAUUCUGUUUGAUGCAAGAGCUUCUCAGAACAAUCACGGAACAGGAAGUUUUAUUAAAGACCAAUUAAUUUCCUUCUAGUUCUUGCAAAUGUAACUAUGAUACAUCUUAUUUUUAAUAGAAGGAAUAUUAAGGAAUCCUGAAAGUUAGAAGGAACCCAAUCUUAAUCGACGACGUGAAUGAUACAAGUUGGCCCCGGUUUUAAGAUAACAUUUAGAAUUACGUCUGUAAAUUUAAUGAAAGAAAUUUGAAGCUUCCAAAGCUUGGAAAAGACCAAUCCUCGCGACGUAUACACCGUUCGUUACACACCAAAUACGAAAGAAAUAUUUGAGGUCGAUUCGUAUUCGAUCGGAAACAUCUUCUCUGUUUGACUUCCAGAGAAAAUUUAUAAAUCGAAAAUUCAAGUCAGCCUUCUUAUUUCGUAACGAUAUAUAUGUAUAUAUAUAUACGUAACCUAUACUGAAACCCGACGAGUAUAAACUUCUUGUAUCCGCAGGCAAAUUCUUGCUUCGACGUUAUUGCGCUCUGUCGCAACAACGGAAGGGUAAUUUCACGGAACCAAUGGCGCCCGUACAACAUCAAUUCCGACACCCUACAUAAAUAUUAUAUUCCCCGAUAAUACUAGCCGCUAUAAAACUCUGCAUUAAUCACCGAACAAGAAAUACCACCCUCUAGCCGGCGUAGACACAAAACGACCACUUAUCCCUGCCGGGCUUUCUCCGUUUCAAAGCCUGCGGCUAUUCCGCAACCUCGUAAAUCGCGACGAGAGAGGCAAGCAUACGGAAAGAGAAGGAGAAAAACUGGUGCUUGGCAAAAGACAGACAGCGGAGAACAGACAGAAGACAAGUUAAAGAUGGAGAAGAAGGUUGAUAAAACGGUGAAACGAUUGAUAGAAAUUGAAAGAAAGAAGAAUACGUGCAUUGGCAGUUGUAAGCAUCAGGGAACAAUAUUUAGUACAAAUUUCAUUCUUUUAAUUACUUCUACUUUCUAGUUAUUUUAUCAUUAAAAAAUGUGCUUUUUCGUAUAUUAUAGUCUCUUAUUUUAUAAUUUUCUUUCGUUAGAAAUCUCUCCCUUUGUAUCUUAUAAUUUAAAACGAAGCAAAGCUUGUUAGAGUUUGUCAAUAAAACUAUAGUGUUUUAAUACGUACUACGUCAGCGAUGUGUACUUCCAUCUACAAACCCGUUUGAUCGUUUUAAACACAAGUUUUGAUAAAAUACAUUUUUUAGUAAAAACCGCAGCUCGCAGACAUAGCAUAGCGUUAACUUGAUCCUUGGAGAAAAUGGAGAUUCGUAGGAGCUGGAGGAACAACCGGUGGAGGUGCGUUGUAAGAGCGAAGAGAGCAGGAUGAAGGAAGAAACUAUCCCCUGGACCGCUGUUUUAAAAUGUUCCCCGCGAUGAAAUAAAUUGACGCCGGCAUGUUUACACGUCGGAGGCAUUCUAGGUAAAAAUUCGUGGAGUGUAGCAAAGCGGAACAGAAAAGGUGGAUGGUGAACCGGAAAAAAAGGGUUAGGAGCCGGCUGAUGUCGAGCAGCGGCGGCAACCGGGUUCCGAACCGGGCUAAGUUGUGUUUAAUUAAUGACCGGACUAAUUAAAAGCCCAAAGAAAAAUACAGCCACGCGCCGGCCAACCGACCCCUAACGCCGUCGACGUAAGAGGUCUCUAAAAUACUCGUUCCAGGCUCAUUCAUAAAGGUAAAUCGUAGGUGGUAAUUGAAAGAAAUGAUAAAACGCGUAUUGCCUCCUGACUAAUAACUUUUUCGUUCACCAUCUUUCUACAUUCGUUCUUUGUACCUUCAGAUAGAGGAUAAUUGAUUUUUGAUCAUAAUUAAUUUUUAAACGAAUAUGGAUGCGAAUGUGAUCGUGAAUAAUUUUCUUCGAUAAUUGGAUUUCUAAUAAAAAAAAUAGUACGUGUUAGAAGUGUGAAGAAUCUUUCGAGGAAAAUAUCUCUGGUCCAGUGUAAAAGAAUGAAACAACAAAUAUUAAAGUUUCAAAGGGAAAUGGCAACAGAAGUAAUAUUCUGUGUCUUUCUGGAUAAAAGUUGCUUUCCAUUUGUUGAUCUUUCUUCAAUAAUGUACCGAAAGAUUGCGAGACCAAGAAAACCCAGAAGAGAAUCCCUUACAGCUUCCUUCAAGCUGUCUUUACAUACAUAAAAGAACUUUCUUCUUUGUUUUCGCCUUUUCGCCAGAUCUUUUAACAAAAUUAAUAUCUCCGACUGCAAUAAAAACGGCUAAUUAUAUUUCACGCCACUAUACGAACACGUCACAUGGUAAACAUAUUUAACUACAUGUUUAUAACCAGAAACAUUAAAACAAACAUAACAAUCGUUCGUUGUUUCGAUAAAAAAUAUACCAUCGUGUGUAUUGUUAAAUUUAAAGGAAACACUUGUCACUGUAAUUUUUGUAGUGCGCUCAACACGUGUCCGAACAUAUUUCUGGUUACAUGAUAGGUCGAGCUCACAAAACUGCCGAUCCUGUGAGAAAUACCUUCUGUUACUGUGCUGAAAGUCUGUGAAAUAAAUCGUUCGCCUUUAUAAGAAACCCUUCGACAUCGAGGAAAACCUUCGCUAUUAAUCUACGAUCUCAACAUCUAAAGUACCAAUCGACUACGUGUCACCGUUUUUAUUACAUAAUAAAUUACCAAGACAUAAUCCGUCACACUUACUUCCUUUCAACAGCGGACGAAGGAUUUCACAGGGCCGUUACUCCAAAAACAUUGAGCACGUUGAAGAUCGACCAGAUUGCUAACAAACCAAAGAAUAUCUUCAUUUCGUUUUGCAUAUUGACCGGUAUUCUUAGUACACCCUCUAUAGGAUGUACAUAUAUAGAUAGAAGAUACGAACAUUAUAUUAAAAUUCUUUCAGGCUAUUCAAAUAUCUACUUUGAAUCAUUUAAAGGAGAAAAAUCAACGUUGGAAUUUAGCCUGAAUAUGGAAGUUAAUUGUUCGCAGUCUUUUAUUUCAAAAUCCAAACUCCACAAAUCGCUUGAUCCCUUCCCCUCCUAGAUAAAUGUGUGAGACUAUUAUAUAAUAAUUUCAAUCGUUCUUCAAAUAUUGAAAUAUCUCGCUCGCGUAAACUAUGGAUCCAGGCAAACGUUGACCCACUACGCGCGCGUUUGUUGCGAUUUAAAUAUCUGUAUGUGUUCACGCUUAUCAAUUCCAAAUGAAAAUUUCUCGCUGCCAUGCACGCGAUCACAUUGAAACAUAUAUAUAUAUAUAUAUAUAUAUAUAUAUAUAUAUAUAUA